UAGUUUGCACUGUGUCCUUUAGCCGAAAGGAUGAUGAAAAUUUCUCGCGAAUAGAACCGAAUCGCGGUUGUUUUUAACUAUAGCUUUUACCAGUUCCGGUGGUUUUUAACGGGGUAAAAAUUUUCAAUUCAAGACCGCUGAAAAACCGCAUUGUCAUCGUUUGCGUACCGACAGCGGGUGUGUUUGUUAUACUGUUGCGGGGGAAUACUGCGAAAUUGGAAAAUCGUUCGCCCCGAUAAAGCAAUUUGGUAAUAUCGUGAAGAGGUUUUUCACUGAUGCCGUGAUUGUUUGACAUAGGAAGAAACGCACAGAGUCGGCAGCUGUGGCCUGAAAAAGUAUCGGAGAAAAGAACAAGUGUCCGUGGGGUGAAGAAAACUCUGUGAAUGAAGUCGAGAGCAUACCGUCGAGAGUGAAUCCAGGCGUUGUGAAGUAGUGGUGAAGAGUCCGAUUAAACAGGAGGUAAAAUCGCGAAAACAGCUGGUUCUUGAAUUAGCCAUUUUAGAUACCGUAUAAACCGUACUGAUUUGCGGCGGGAAAAAAACUGUCGAAAGUCAUGCAGAGUCCGCCGGCCAAAGCAAAACCGAAUCGAGUCAUGCACUAGAAAGACAAUGAAAGGAUAGAGAAGAUCGCGUGCCCUCCGACUACGAAGACUAUUCUCUGGCGGAAAAGAAUGUGAUUUUCCGACUCGCCCCGGAAAUAACUAUUCACAAGUUGACAAUUCACUGAGCGUCGUUUGAUGGAAGAAAAUGAACAUGGACUGUGAGACGGAAUUUGUGAUUUUGAUCGAAAUUGGAAACUGUGCGCCGGAAAGAAAGUUGGAACGCUUAAGAUUACUUUUUUCCUAGGAAAUAUCGGACUGAGACACUGAGCACAGUUUCUGUCAUUCGCAAGCAAAUUCACUCACAACCACCCCAGAAGAGGCUCGGUGGUGUAUCGGUACUGUAGCAGAGUGGUUCGUCCUUCCGUUUAGCGUAGAAGGAGGAAAACAAUCCGUAUAAAUAGUUUACGAUUCCCAGAGCUUGCUCAACGAUAUAAAUGGUUUCAUUGGCGCGCGGUUGCUAAACGGUAGUAUGGGGAUAAAUUGAGGAAGUGUAGCAGAAUCGCGAGUGCUUUGUUAACAGAGCGAGAGGAAAAGUUAAAUUGAAUUUGGUCGGAAUUUAAAGUUAAUUGUGUGUGGCACAUGUAAAUAUCGUUUUUUUUUGUGCGAGUGUGGGUCAGCGUGUGAGCUUUCGACCGUUUCAGUACCGCUAUAAUAGAGUGAAAGUCACGGCAUCGAGAAAAAAAAGUUUCCCAUUUGGUGUCCAACGACGUGCUAUGAAUUGCUUGUUCUAUUUGUGCACUACUAAUCAGCAACAGCAGCAACGAGCAGCACACAGUUUCUAGCAAUGAGCCACCAGCAGCGCAACAAGUCGAGCAUGGAUUACGUAAGCCUCGGUUGCUGUACGCUGGCAUUUGCCCUGUAUGUCAACACGCUGAGCGCUGGAUUCGUGUACGACGACAGGCGAGCCGUCCUGGGCAAUCCGGAUGUCCUAAGCUCUACCGCCUGGUACCAGAUGCUGCACAAUGACUUCUGGGGCACACCGCUGACCGAUUCCGGCUCGCACGGCUCCUACCGGCCGCUGUGUGUGGCCAGUUUCAAAAUCAACUACCUGCUCGAUGGCUUCAAACCGGUCGGAUAUCAUCUGGUCAACGUGCUGUUGCACUGCGUGGCCACGGUUCUGGUCGUUCGGCUUGCCCGGCACAUUAUCCCGUCGCGGUACGGUGCGGCCAUCGCCGGGUUGCUGUUCGCGGCUCAUCCGAUCCACACCGAAGCUGUUGCGGGAGUAGUUGGACGGGCAGAUCUAACGGCUUGUGUCUUUUACCUGCUCGCACUACUUGCCUACAUCCGACACAUACACUGGCGUCAGUGCACCGACUUACGACACUGGCUGGCGCUCGGGUUUACCAUCCUGCUGGCUACCGCCGCCGUCCUAUGCAAAGAAACUGCUGUGACAGCUUUAGUGGUUUGCGCAAUUUAUGAUGUCAUAAAAGGAUACGCCGGUUCCAGAGAUAAGCACCGCUUUCGGAGCGUGGGAGUUCUGAUGGUUGCUCUGGGUACCAUGUUGCACAUGCGACUUUCACUACCUCGGCCGGCGGUACUCUUUUCCUCAGCGGAUAAUCCUACCGCCAAGAUCGGCUCCGCCUGGACCCGAUUGCUGACGUUUUUGUACCUGCCGGUGUUCAACUUUCGAAUGCUCGUCUACCCGGAUGUGCUCAGCUUCGACUGGGGUAUGGACGCCAUUCCUCGGAUUGUGAGUUUGUUCGAGAGGAAAAAUGUGCUGACAGCAAUGUUUUAUGGUUUGCUGUUUAAGGCAGUUUGGAUCAACUUCCGAACGUUGGUGAAACACAGUUUGCCAAGUGUAAAUAGUAGCUUCAAUAGGAAACUAGCUAGUAAACUUGCAAUGGCCCGGGCUGGCCGGGAAAGUAUCGUGGUUGAGGACUUGUGCGCCUACUGCAAGCACGACUACGGUCUGCAUCACUCGAACCAGUGCCGGGCGUUGCAUAACAACAACAACAUGUCUUCGAUUGUCUGCGGGUGCCUGUACCCGCAGUGUAAAUAUUUGUUGUUAUCACCAUCAAUUGUUUCCGGAUAUUUUCCACGAGAAGAUGGUCAGAAAGCAGCUACCACUUCGGGAACUGUUAAUGGUUAUUGGCCCAAGCAGCAAUACUGGCACCGUGACAAACCUGUAGUAAAUGGCUUCAGCAGUGAUCAUCUGCCAUUCACGCUUACGAUGGAUACGUCCUGCCGGACAAUGUCGUCCUCCUGUUCUUCUUCGUCGUCCCUUUCGUCAUCCUCCUCUUCUUCCUCGACGUCCUCAUCAUCCUCUUCCACAUCCUCCUCCGCAUCAUCCGUUUCGUCCUCAUCCACAGACUAUCUGAUGACAAAACCCAAUGCCUCAGCAGCAAUUCUGAUUUCCAUUUCCUUGCUGACACUCCCGUUUCUGCCGGCGACCAAUCUGCUCUUCUACGUUGGAUUUGUUGUGGCCGAACGUAUCCUGUAUCUGCCUAGCGUUGGCUACUGCCUGCUUAUCGGACUGGGCGUCGGCAGACUUAUCGACGGAACUGCGGGUUCCGGUCAGCUUCGGAAUAGUAGUGUUAGUAACAAUAGUGGCGAUGGUGGAUCUCGCAUUAGCAGUAGUGGCUUUCGAGGUAAAAAUAGCAAAUGUAGUGAUGGUGAUAGAUAUAAGUACCGUGGCAACAGUGACAAUACGUCCGGGGUCGGUUCGGUCGGUGCGAAGCAUCACAAGAAUCAUUCCGCGGUGUCCGGUGCGACCGGUUCGGCGGUGUUCGCCAGGAAAAGUGCCAAUAAUCGUAGUGGAUUUUCGGGCAGGAAGUUCGGUACUGCUGCCGCUCGCAGCAAUAACCGAGAUCGUUACCAACAGCGUAAGCGACAAAUCAUUCUGCUGUGCUUCGGCGUUCUGCUGCUGGUGUACAGUGGAAAAACCCUGCUGCGCAAUCUGGACUGGCGCGAUGAGGAGAGUCUGUUCCGGAGUGCGAUCGGCGUCAACCCACCGAAAGCACUUGGAAACCUAGGAAGUGUCCUUAGCGCGCAAGGUCGCCAUCAAGAAGCCAAAGAGGCCUUAAAAGCGGCCCUCAGCUACCGUCCCAACAUGGCGGAUGUACAUUACAAUCUAGGAAUAUUACUACAAAAUCAACAAGACUACAGCGAAGCUGUGGAAAGCUUUCGAAAAGCGAUCCAAUUUCGGCCGUCGCUAGCACUGGCCUAUCUCAACCUGGGCACUUCACUGAUAGCUCUGGGUCGGUGCCAGGAGGCGGCUAGUAUUCUGAGAGAGGGCGCCAAACUCGACGGAGCUGGACUGCGCGAUCGGGCAGCACACGACAACGCUCGGAUCAGUGCUUUGCUGCAGCUGGGAAAUUUAUACGCGGACCAAGGCAAGUUGCAGCCCGCACUCGCCGUGUACCGAGAAGCACUGCACAUACUGCCCGAUCGAUAUCCACCGCAGGGUAUUUACCAUCGGCUGGGAGAGGUCUUCGCCCGACUCAACCAAUGGACGGAGGCGGAACGGUUCCAACGAGCAGCACUGGAAGCUCAACCGGACCACGUUGCUGCUCACCUAUCCUACGGGUCCAUGUUGGCGAGAAAUAGCAGCCGAACAUCGGAAGCGGAACAGUGGUUCAAGCGCGCGUUACGGCUUGCGCCCAGCGAUGCCAGCGUUUUCCAUCAUUAUGCUGACUUCCUAACAUCGGUUCGACGGACGGCCGAAGCCUGUCAGCACCGCGUAAAGGCAGCCGAACUGGCCCCCGAAGAUUACUCACUGGUGACGGCCGCCGCAUCGGCGCUACGUCUGCUGGACCGGAAAACCGAAGCCGAGCGCUGGUAUCGACAGGCCGUCCAGCUGCGCCCGGAGGAGGCCCGAGCUCACACCAAUUUGGGAGCCAUUUUACACCUGCUGGGAAGAACCGAAGAGGCCGCCCGGAGCUACAAGGAAGCACUGCGGCUGCAUCCGAACGAUUUGACAACGCUGACCAAUCUGGCCAAACUGGGAAUAGCGGAAAUUUCCUGAGGCAAGGCUCCGCCAGCGUCUACCUUGCUGGACUCGCAUCCACUGGCAGCCAGUGCCGAUGGAGAUGAUAUAAGCUAGCUUAGUGUGAAUGAGGUUUAGACAGGGGUUCCACACGGUAGCCCACGGUAGAGUUUGAAACGAUAUACGAAGUUAAAAAAGAGCUGGGUUAAAUACAAUAAAAUGUCUGUAAAUACAAGAGUAUAACUGUGCGAUGAAAGCUGAUGGAGGGAAUGGAUAGGAAAAUAAAUGCGGGAAUUAUUUAGGUAGUACAAGUUUGAACGAGACACGGAAUGUCGUUAAUUACCCUGCAUAGGGGAUACUAAUCAAUCAGACUAAAGAUUAAAAUCAACAACGGUGACAAAUUAGCUAGCCUAAGCCCAACUGUAUCAUAUAGUAGUAAACCAAGAGAUGAUUAUUAUAACAGAAGAAUAGGACAAAUAAUAUUAAGCGGAUGCGUCUUGUAAUGAAAAGCACUUUGUUAAGUUUUAGUUGAUGUACAAAAAAGUUUUUGAAGAUCAAAUCAGUUAUUUGACCAACGAUGGAACGCGAUGAAAUUAUGUUCUGCAGAUGAUUAGCACCUACUGUAAAUAAUGUAAAGAUGAUAGCAGAGUUUUUAUUGAGUUUAAAUUAACGUAGUGUUUUUGGGCAAACAAAAAUCAAUCCGAAUAGCCAGCUAUGUGGGUGGCAGCAGAUUACCUACUGAACAGUUAUGAGUAUGCUUGCGGCUGUAAACGCGGAAUAUUAGGUAUCAGAGCAUUUCCAUAUAUUUAAAGCCAUCGGUCGCAAUCAGUGUGUUUACGGAUUCGGGAACUGCAAACAGAGAAUAAAAGUGAACAAUAAUGGCAUUCAUUUUCUACCAGUAACUAAAUCCAUACAGAAGUAACGAUGUCAUUUACCGAAGGAAACGUAACUGGUCAUUAUGUGAAAAAUUAUUGAACAGAAAACAAUAUUAAUUACAAAAAAAAAAAAACAAAAUACAAACACACUCAGUUCAUAAUUCAUACCGCUACACAUUUUCUGAAUAAAAGAAAUAUUUGUUAAUAAAAAAUCAAUGAA